AUGGCCGAUCCAAGCUGUGAAAGUGCUACUGAAGAUGCUUGUUCUGGACAUCCUGGAAAUGAGAUAAACAGCAGAGAGAACCAUACAACUGACAUGAGCUGGCAGCAGGACAGGGAAGGGCAAGCUUCAUCUGAGGAAACAUUUCAUGUGAAGAUGGAGAAGACUGAUCCCUUGUCCCCACGUGUUGAGGAUCGCAAUUAUGAUGAAGUCUCGCUUCAAAACAAGACAAUAGAGAUGGGCUGGCAGCAGGACAGGGAAGAACAAGCUUCAUGCCAGGAAACGUUUCAUGUGAAGAUUGAGAAGACUGAUUCCUUGUCCCCACAAACAGAGUAUCUUGAUCAUGAUGAAGCCCUAUUUCAGAACAGGACAGCAGACAUGGGCUGGCAGCAGGACAGGGAAGAACAAUUUCCAUACGAGGGAGCAUUCGAUGGGAAACUUAGGAUGUCUGCUGACAAUACACCAUCACCACAUGUAGACCCAGUUUUGAUCACAGAGAAUAGGGUAAAGCCAUACAAGUGUAACCUGUGUGACUAUUCUGCGGCGCAGAAAGCUGCUUUGAACAGCCACAUGGCAAGACACACAGGUGAGAAACGCCACGUUUGUGAGGAGUGUGGUUACAGCACCGGUGACAGAUCCUCUCUGUACCGACACAUGAAAACUCAUACUGGUAAGAAACCUCACAAAUGUGAACACUGUGACUAUUCUGCUGCAGCAAAAGCCAGUUUGGAUAUUCACAUGGCAAAACACACAGCACAGAAAUAUAAUUUGGACAUCCAUCUAGCAAACCACACCGGAGAGAAACCCUACGUGUGCUGGGAAUGUGGGUACAGGACAGCUAUAAGGUCUAACUUAACAAGGCAUAUAAGGGUCCACACAGGAGAAAAACCCUUCAAGUGCGAGGAGUGUGACUAUUCACAGAAAACCGCUUUGGACGACCACUUGAUAAAACACACCGGUGAGAAACCCUUCAAGUGCGGGGAAUGCGAGUACAGGACCGAUGACAGGUCUUGCCUAUCCAGACAUACGAAGACUCAUACAGGAGUAAAACCCUACGUGUGUGUUCUGUGCGACUAUUCUGCAUCAAGAAAGUCCUCCUUGGACGAACACAUGACAAAGCACACGGGUGAGCAACCUUAUAUCUGUGGGGAGUGUGGGUUUGGGACAGCUCGCAGAUAUGUUCUGCUCAGACACAAGAAGAUCCACACAGUCGUAAAACCAACUGUGUGCGCGCAGAGCAGCGCAGAAGUCACGUCUCUGUCCAUAUGA